AUGGCCUCGGAUCAGGAUGAUGCAGGCUUCUUGCCUACGCUGGUACAGAGCAUGGUAACAGGUGCUCUGCUAGGAACUGCAAUGGGUGCUUCCAUCGUCUACUGGCACAGCUACGAGCAGAACCCGCUCGCGCAGUUCCAAGCCACGAAACCGGGCGAGCGUCCACGUCGUGCCCCGUUUAGCUUCCAGGGUCUCUCGAGGAGCGUCAGGCCUGUAGACUUCACAUCCGCGACGAGCGCACAAGGCGGUGCGCCUGUGCACCCGGCUCUGCAGUCACCGUGGCGCACCGUAGCUGCGCACGCUGGUUUCCUGUCCAGCAUUGGCGGUCUGUUCGUCGUGGGCGAAUACUCAGCACGAGCGCUUCGUGGUGACAAACAAGACCCCUGGAAUAGCGCGAUAGGCGGCUGUCUCGCGGGCAGCGCGUUUGGGGUUCGCGCUGGCUCGCUCGGCACUGGGGUCGGUAUCUGCGCGGUGCUCGGUGCUUUUGGGGCGUUCCUGGACUGGUCGUUCUCGAAGUCGUCAGAGCCUGCGUUGAACCCGCCGCAGCCUGGAGUUCGACACUGUGUUGAGCUCGCGGAGCAGGCGGAUGAAGCGGCGGAAAGCGCCAGGUAA